AAACACCACUAAAAACCUAAUUACCCAAACCAGUAAUAUGUAGUCCUGUCCUGUGUAUGAAAGGAACGAACACGAGAUACGAAUAGGGAGGGCAGUGACAUGGCAAGGACAACUCAAAGGUGAUUGUGGGUGAGAAAGUGAUGCAGUACAUAUCCACAGAUCGGUUUGUGGGAUAGGAGAAGCAACACCAACACCCAAAACGGACAGAAGGAGAACCACGGAAUCGUUAACCAGCUUGGGAAGGCAUUGAGCACUCGGCCUGACAUAUUACCAACAGUAUAUUGCCAAGAACUCGCCAAGUUACAGAGACGCUUAGGUUGCAAUUGGAAUCUUCUUGUUCUUAUUGUGGCCCCAAUAGUCAUGGUUUAUCACUCUAGUUUUGUGAACGAAGAUGUAGAGAGUAGAGCUUGUGGGUGUCCUCUUCUUCCUCUCAAGAGCCACAUCAAGGGACCUGCUCCUAUUUCAGAUCAAGAUACAACUGAUAUUGUGGAUGAAGCCAUUACCUUCUUUCGAGCCAACGUGUUCUUCAGAAACUUUGACAUCAAGAGCCCUGCUGAUAAGCUUCUCAUAUACUUGACCUUUUACAUCAAUGUCGCUCUUAAGAGGCUUGAAGGUUGUAGAACCUUGGCUGAAGGAACCAAGGCAAUCAUCAACUUGGGUCUUGAAAAGGUUCCUGUCCCUGGAGAGUCUGGCUUUCCAUUUCCGGGCCUUUUCCCCCUUCCUCAAUCACACGAUGAAGCAGAAUUGUUCAGAAAUUAUUUGAAGCAGAUAAGGGAAGAAACAAGUGGGAGGUUAUUAAGCGUUGCAUACAGACCUAAUGGCACUCCAAAUAAAUGGUGGUUGGCAUUUGCAAAGAGGAAAUUUAUGAAUAUAAUCAUUCCUUGAACUGUUGGCGGUCAUGCAAUUCCUAAACCAUAGGUUGUCCUGUGAAAAAUACACUUAAAAAUACUGUUGAUCUGACAAUAAAAAAAAAAAUAUAGUAAUUAUUGAAAGGCGUGUUGUUAGUUGUCUGGUUUGAAACUUCCAUUUUGAUUUGAUUAUAUUCAAACUACUUGUUUGGUAGCACCCAUUUUCACAUAUUUUAGUGAUGGCCUCUUCUUUGCCCCUCAUAUAAUGAAGUCAACGAUCAUAAUUGGAUUAUGUCUCCAACCUUGUCUCUGCAAAUGGUGAUGCUAUGUUUGUUUUAUUGUCUUUUAAGUAUUAGUCACACCUCAGCUUCGCAUUA